CCCCCUCCAUUGGGCAUACAGUGCUUCUUGGCUACCCACCAUUUCUGUCUGUGUGUCUUUGCACCUCCUCCCCCCUCCACCAUGGAUUUCCUCUCAGAGAGGGAGUGUGUGGUGUGUAAUCAGCUGACAACAACUGAUAAUCCAGCAACACACCCACUCUGUCCUGUUCACUUACAGCGGAGCGAGAGAGCACAAGUGGAGGAGAGAAAAGAAGUGAAGGAGGCGGAAGCUGUCUGGACUGAGGGGAAGGAGACUAGAGGAGGAAGUGGGAGUAGAUAUUUCACUAUGGAGGAAGGACAACGACCUACAUCUGAGAUCUACCUCCCAAGCAUCAGCCUUGCAUCUGUUGAUGCCGAAGCAGUGGAGGACCAUGAGCUGCCAACCAUUUCUUUAUCCAAAAGCUCAAUAGAAAUGGUGAGUGGACCUCCUCAACGAAUGGAGCUGGCAUGGUAUCGUCAGAAUUUGCGCAAGAGUGUCAGCAGUUCAGCAUGCAGUCAAAGGCCUAUCAGUCUUGGUGGACCAGCGGCUGGAGUUCCUGUGAACGUUUGUGACCAUGAACAGGGGAGCUUGCGCAGUGGCAACAGCACCCCUGAGACUGUAAUCUGGCAUGGAGGAACUGCAAGAUCCUGGAGCUUCAUGGAGGACUCCCCCAGAAGGACUCCAACGCAGGAUCUAUUCCUGGGGCAAAAUCAGGUCCAUAGUGGUGUGAAUUGUGUUCCACACUCGCCAUCCACAAAUAGAGAUUUAAGGAUGAAGGGUCUGGUUUGCAGGGAGGGAUGUUGUCGAUGUUAUGGACCUGCAGAGAACCUGACCGGAUGCAGCUGUUGCAGAGUGGCUUGCAGAAUGAGUUCUUCAGGUCUGAGCAACAGCUUCACACCACAGGGAGUGAAUACAAAAGACCAUGCUCAGAGCAACUGUGAAGGCCAUCAUUUAACUGCAUGCCAUAGAUCUACCUGUUCUGGUCACAUGAUGAACACUGCCUGUUUGAGAAAUGCUUGCAGUGUUGUUCCGUGCCCUGGACAUUUGAUAUCUCGGCCACCUUGUGCAGGAAACCCCUGUGCAGGACAAAGAUCACUUCUUCAUUCAGGCUUGCUUGGUUUUCCACCACUUGUGUCAUCUGUCAGCGAGACCAGACUUGACAGCCGGAGUACAGGCCAUUGCUGUGGAUCCGAGUUAAGGGGGCAGAACUCCUCCUGCCUUAGACUAGACCGGACAGGUCAGACUAGUCUUAACAGGACAGUCAAAGAUGCCACGACCAUGACAUCUGACCAUGAGAUCAGAGAUAUUGGUGUGCAGACCAUGUCUGAUUCCCUUGUUUCCCCUCUUUCUCACAUGUUUCCUGAAAUUAGUUUGAGAGCGGAUUCUACCUCGGAUGCACCUUUGACAAUAGAGCACAUGGGUCAUAGGACCCCUGUAAAGGAGGUGGAAUGGGAUGCUGAGGGUAUGACCUGGGAGGUGUAUGGUGCAGCUGUGGACCCUGAAGAGCUUGGCCUGGCAAUCCAAAGGCAUCUGGAAAUUCAGAUCAAAGAGACUGCAGCCGCUGCAGCUGUGGCUGCUCAAAUGGAAGACUCCACGGACAAUACCAGCAGCCUGGCACUGCAGCCCACGCGACGAAAGAAGAGUGAAGGCGUUAUAAAAACACUGCGAAGUUCUGCAUGUUGCACUAACCCCAGUACUGUUGGAGACUAAAGCAACGAGUGCAGGGCCCGAGCUUGCCUUAUCGGUAUGUGGGUGCCUUGGUUAGGCGUAAGGUAUAGAAACGGUACAACUUUUGCUGCAAGGUGGAAAUGGAUUGAAAAUGGCUAAUGUCCUUCAAAUAAUAUAUCUAAAUAUUCCAAAGCCUUGUCUGCUUAGCUAUCAAAGCCCCACUAUUGGAUCAGUAAAGUGGUAAUGUUCAGAGAAACACUAAAAGCUCAUGUUGCACAGAACUACCGUUUAAAGUUUACAGAUAACGGUGUGUUUCCAACUAUCUUCACACAUGGCCUUGUCCCUUUCUUGACCUUCAAUGUAUCUUUUGGAUGCCCUUUUUUGGCGGAAAAUACCAAAAUUAUGAUCUUGGUGAGCACUGAGUAUUAGCAACUUUGAAACCGCUAAUUAUUGGCUAAAUGUGUCUGUUGUGCUUGUUGGGUUUUGAAAAAAAGCAAAAAGCAGGUUAAUGAGCAUCAGCUAGGGCUAUACGUUAAAGUUAAUGGAGCUCUCGGACACCCUGAAAGGCUUCCUGGAGCAAGAUCCGAAGGCUAGUUCUAUAGUCUAUGAUUAAGAUGGAUUUAGAUCUCUUCGUUUUCUGAUCUCACAGAUUCAUGGUAUUAAACCGUUUGUAGUCAAAUACAAGCUACAGCUCUCGCUCUCUUUUUUGUUGUUGUUGUCUUUUGUCUUGAUGUAAAUGGUGAUUGGUAAUGUUUUGGUCUUGUGGGUUAGAGUGGGCUCUAGGCCAGAAUCAAUGCCCAGUGCUAAAAAUAUGAAAGGUAGAGUAGACAAUUACAGAGAGGCUAGCAAUAGCAAGCUACUGUAGCUCUGAAAGCAUAAUAUCCCACCCUCUC